AUGUAUGAUGAGCUGACAAAAAAAGAACUGGUCCAUUUCCUGGAGUUGUUAUAUUAUAUAGUACAUUCUCUGUCAUGUUAUUACUUUCUUACAUCCAGAGAACUGGUUCAUUUCCUGGAGCACUUUGCUGAAGAUUUCCAUGCAGAGAAUAAAAAAGUGAUUCUUGUUCUUCCGCCUCCUCUGAUGCAGAGGAACAGCCAAGGGAUGGUAGGUGUGGAGGAUUUUGAGGCCCUGGCCCCUGUCAUGGAUGCCUUUAGUCUCAUGACCUAUGAUUACUCUAACCCUAUGAGCCCUGGUCCUAACAGCCCCCUGAGCUGGAUGAGGAGCUGUGUAGAGACCUUGGUACCAGAAAGUGCCUCCCCCUAUAGGAGGAAAAUAUUACUAGGCCUGAAUUUUUAUGGUGCGGACUAUGUACCGGGAGGAGGUGGCCCAAUACUGGGACAGCAGUUUAUAGAAAUACUUACAAAACAUAAACCUAAGCUGGUUUGGGACGCCACCUCCUCCGAGCAUACAUUCCAAUACAAGACAGGCAUAGGCAGCCAUGUUGUAUAUUAUCCCAGCUUACAGUCAAUAAAGGACAGACUGGAUCUGGCCAAUGAGCUGGGGACUGGCAUUUCUAUAUGGGAGAUAGGGCAGGGCCUAGACUACUUCUUUGACCUGCUGUGAUUGGUCAGAUAGACAGGGCAUGUAUGGUUUCUUUAGCAUGCCUUCUUUGGUCGGUGACUACACUUGUCUCAUGUUAAGCUUGGUGUGAUUGGUUACAUUCAUUAGAUCUUUUCAAAAUCCAUUCUACGGUAUUUUCAAAAUCUGAACAGUUUCCACACACAGCUCUGUAUUCUGCCUAUAUCCCAUCCUGUUCUAGACAGUCACCAGAAGAUGUGGCAAGGAAUUUUUAGACAUCGAAAAAAAAGCUGUAACAGCAAUGCAAAUACAGUGUAGAAACCAAUGCCUUUUCAGAGAAUGGAACCAAGAUUGUGUUGACCUGUAGCUAUGUGUGGCCUUGACAUUGACAUAGUUGUUGAUGGAGGAAAGUACAGACUGGAUGAGACAGACUUAUCAAGAAGCGUGACACACAAUGGUGUCCUAUGACUUUGAUUGGUCUGCAGAGGCUCUGAACCCAACUUCUGUUGUGAUGAAACAGUUUUUUUUUUUUACAUCAUUUAUUGAAACAUAAUUGCUCACAUAUUUUAUUACACAUGUUAUACUUUAUUGGUCAAAUCAAUCAAUACAACAUGAACUAUAGUACUGCCUUGUGCCUGGUCUAGCUUUAACUACAGGCUUGAUCUCCAGCUCAGCUCAUCUUGAGAAUAAACCAUUUACCAUGUUGUGA